CGACCAUGGGUAAAGAUAAGACUCACAUUAACGUCGUGGUUAUUGGUCACGUCGAUUCUGGAAAGUCCACCACAACUGGACAUCUUAUUUACAAGUGUGGGGGUAUUGAUAAACGUACGAUAGAGAAAUUUGAAAAAGAAGCAGCUGAACUGGGUAAAGGUUCCUUCAAAUAUGCUUGGGUUUUGGACAAACUGAAAGCUGAACGUGAACGUGGUAUUACAAUUGAUAUUGCCCUCUGGAAGUUCGAAACUCCAAAAUAUUAUGUCACUGUUAUUGAUGCCCCCGGACAUCGUGACUUUAUUAAAAACAUGAUUACUGGUACUUCCCAGGUAAAUAAAUUUGCUGUGUCUACAACUUCUAAACUUGAGGCGAAAUUGCCACGUUUCAUACAAGCUGGUAUUUCCAAGGAUGGACAGACUCGUGAACAUGCACUUUUAGCCUAUACCCUUGGUGUUAAGCAACUUAUUGUUGCUGUUAACAAGAUGGAUACGACCAAGUGGUCUGAAGAGCGAUUUAACGAAAUCGUCAAAGAAGUCUCCGGAUUUAUCAAAAAAGUUGGCUACAAUCCCAAGACCGUCGCGUUCGUCCCAAUAUCCGGCUGGCACGGCGAUAACAUGUUAGAAGAAUCGUCGAAUAUGCCAUGGUUCAAGGGAUGGCAAAAGGAAAUUAAAGGGGGAAGUGCUAAGGGCAAGACACUUUUGGAAGCCAUCGACUCUAUUGAGCCACCAACUAGACCUACCGACAAGCCCCUUCGUCUCCCUCUUCAAGAUGUUUACAAGAUUGGUGGUAUCGGUACCGUCCCCGUGGGUCGUGUUGAAACCGGUGUUAUCAAAGCUGGCAUGGUCGUCACCUUUGCUCCAGUCGGUCUUACCACUGAAGUCAAAUCGGUGGAAAUGCAUCACGAACAGUUAGUCGAAGGUUUACCGGGUGACAAUGUCGGAUUUAAUGUCAAGAACGUGUCAGUUAAGGAAAUUCGUCGAGGGUUUGUCUGCUCCGAUUCCAAGAAUGACCCUGCCAAAGAAUCGGCGUCCUUCAACGCUCAGGUCAUUGUUCUCAACCACCCUGGACAAAUUUCCGCUGGGUAUGCGCCAGUUUUGGAUUGCCACACCGCCCAUAUUGCUUGUAAAUUUUCAGAAUUGCAAGAAAAGAUUGAUCGUCGUUCUGGUAAAAAGCUUGAGGAUAACCCCAAAUUCGUUAAAUCUGGAGAUGCAGCUAUUGUUAAAAUGAUUCCAUCUAAACCGAUGUGUGUCGAGGCUUUCUCUGAGUAUCCUCCGUUAGGUCGUUUCGCCGUGAGAGAUAUGCGUCAGACGGUCGCUGUGGGAGUUAUCAAGGCCGUCGAAAAAGUUGACAAGUCGGGCAAGACCACCAAAGCAGCUGUCAAGGCUUCAAAGAAAUAA